UCAUGCACCGGCAUCAACCAUAGUGUUGCGGUGUCUCUAAACUAAAUGGGGACCAGCAACCCAAACUAUGUUACUGAUUCACCCCGGAAAAAAUAGAGAAUGUAAACAGGGAAGAGAACGGAGGGGCAAAGGCAAAGAUAGAAGUGAAGAGAUUCUAUACACUGUAAAUAAAGCACGUUGGCCGGGCAAAAUAGUUGAAAACUGAAGGGACCCAAUUCGAUCCGUGCGUUCCAUUUGUGUCAAUUGUGGCUUCUAAAUCUCAGCAAACGUAUCCGGGUGCGCUUUUAUUCAAUUCUAUGAAAUGGAUCAAUACAACGUGACUCGUUCUGAAUCUGAAAUACAGUACAGGUCUGACCUCUUCACCUUCUCAACAAGGCUUACAAGGAUCUCUAAAUUCAUAAGACAAGAUUUACAAUGACCAAAUUGGUCCUGGUUGCCAAGGACGCUGUGUUUCACUGCGCACGUUCACGUAGAUCUACAUUUAGUUUUAGAUCAAGUUGUGUUUUUGGCCUGGUAGAUAUAGUUCAACCCUCACAAGUUCAAGUCUCCUCCCAUCGAGGGUUUGCUGCUUUAAUCUCUUCACUGCAACCCGAAGCCCGACAGUUAAGGUCCGUCUUUGCAGCAGCAGGUCACAAAUUUGCUGCCACAACUUUCAUCAUGGCCAGUCAGAAUUCCAGACCCAGCUCCGACAUGGCUAAAUUCAGAGAAUGUUUUGGCCGGGCUAAGCAUAUUGUGGUGUUGACAGGAGCUGGUGUUAGUGCUGAGAGUGGAGUGCCUACCUUCAGAGGAGCAGGGGGACUUUGGAGAAAGUGGCGGGCCCAGGAUUUGGCCACUCCAGAAGCUUUUGCUGAUAACCCUUCUCUUAUCUGGGAGUUUUAUCACUACCGCAGGGAGGUCAUGUCGUCCAAGAGCCCCAACCCAGCCCAUGAGGCUAUUGCUGAGUGUGAGAAACGCUUGAAACCUCUGGGUCGUCGCGUCGUGGUGAUCACCCAGAACAUAGAUGAACUGCAUCGGAGGGCAGGCUCAGAGAAUAUUCAGGAAUUGCAUGGAAACUUGUUCAAGACACGAUGUACAAAGUGUGGAGAUGUGCGAGUAAACCGAGACAGCCCUAUAUGUGCUGCCUUGGCUGGCAAAGGAGAGCCCGACCCUAAAGCAGAGGAUGCAAGGAUUCCUGUAGAGAAAUUGCCUCGAUGUCAGAAGGGAUCCUGUGGUGGCCUUUUGAGGCCUCAUGUGGUUUGGUUUGGAGAGUCUCUCGACCAGGAAGUCCUUCGCCAGACUUCUGAAGAACUGGAAAAAUGUGAUCUCUGCCUUGUAGUGGGCACCUCAUCCGUGGUGUACCCAGCUGCCAUGUUUGCGCCCCAGGUGGCAAGUCGUGGUGUUCCGGUGGCAGAGUUUAACAUUGAAGAGACCCCAGCUACUGAUUCCUUUGGGUUCAUGUUUCAGGGUCCUGCAGGACAACUAUUGCCAGGGGCCCUGGCUGCCCAUGAGAGUGAAAAGAAGUGAAAGUCAGUGCCAGCUGUGGGAUGGAGACGCUGUGAAGGAAAAGAACAAGAAAAAAAAGAAGAGUGAAAGGACUGUUCUUCCCAGCUAAUGUUGUUUCUUCACUAAGUAUGAAACAGAAAAUUUUAAUUUGCGUCUAAUUUGUGACAUGUUAUUAAUAAUACUACUGUCUUUCUUA